AUGUUUAACCCUGUCAGCCCCUCGGCCGGUGGCUGUGCUGAGCACUGCUGCCUGCGCCCACCCCUCAGACCAGCCCCGGGUGCCUCAGGGCCACAAGGACUUGAUUUCCCGUUUUGCCAUCAGUCAAACCUCACGACCGGUCACCGUGGUUAUGGGUUGGUGCCAGGAACGGAGCAGCUGGGCAGUGGUGAUGGCUCACGGUUCGCAACACCCCGUGGUGCAGGAAAACUGGGCAAGAAGCGGGCACUGUCCAUCUCACCCCUGUCAGACUCUAGCAUUGACCUGCAGACGGUAAUCCGCACCUCACCCAACUCCCUCGUGGCGUUCAUCAACUCCCGCUGCGCCUCUGCCGGUGGCUCCUAUGGCCAUCUCUCCAUCAGCACCAUCAGCCCAUCACUGGGCCAGCAGAGUCCACCGGGUGAGCAGAAGGGCCAAGGCUACGCAUACAGCCACACCACACCCCCGCCACCGUGUAGCUCCCGGGAACAGCUUUCCACACGCCCGGGGCUCCCGCACCAUCCCCCGGCUCGUGGGACCCUCAAACACUGCCAGCAGCUAAAGUUGGAGUGGAGCCUUUCUCUGAGUGUCAAAUACCCAGAGGAGAGAUCCGAGGGCGACGUCUCCAGUCCAGCUUCAACAGGCACCCAGGACACCUUGCUGGGGAUGCUCGAUGUUCGGGAAGAUCUGGAGAAGGACGAUGGGAAACCUGAGUCUGAGACUGUGUAUGAAACCAAUUGCUACUGGGACGGCUGUGCCAAGGAGUUCGAUACCCAGGAGCAGCUGGUGCAUCACAUCAACAACGAACACAUCCAUGGGGAAAAGAAGGAGUUUGUGUGCCACUGGGCGGCAUGUUCCCGGGAGCAGAGGCCCUUCAAGGCUCAGUACAUGUUGGUGGUGCACAUGCGGCGUCACACGGGCGAGAAACCUCACAAAUGCACG